AUGCCAGUGAAAUGUUGUUUCCACAGGUCAAACAUCGAGGAAACAAUGGCUUCGUCUGAGUCUGUGGACACACUACUAGCUAAUAAAGAUGGCUUGGAGGCUUUUAGGAAGUUUUUGAAGUCAGAGUUCAGUGAGGAGAACGUAGAGUUCUGGCUGGCUUGCGAGGACUUCAAAAAAACCAAGUCCUCCACCAAGAUCACCUUAAAAGCCCAAAGGAUUUAUUCUGACUUUAUAGAAGCUGAUGCUCCAAAGGAGAUAAAUAUUGACUUCCAUACCAGAAACCACAUCUCUCAGAAUAUCUCCGAGCCCACCCUCAGUUGCUUUGAUGAUGCUCAAAGGUUAAUUUAUAGUCUCAUGGCAAAGGACUCUUUUCCCAGGUUUCUAAGGUCAAACGAGUAUAAGGAACUAGUAAAGAAGCAACAGAAUAGAAAUCAAAAGAGGUGGCUCCCGUUUUUGUGA